AACUACACCUGGCACCAAUUAUGAUACAACAUUACCAACACCAUCACCAACAACCGCAACCCCUACCGUCCCACUCAUAUGCCAAUCGCCUGUCUGUGAAUCCGCGGGAAUGGCAUUGAAUGCCAAUCUCAACGAAUCGGUCGACCCGUGCCAUGACUUCUAUGCGUUCGCGUGCGGGGGUUGGGAGGCGUCCCAUACAUUGCCAGACGAUAAGAUGUGGUACAACAACUUUAAUAUACUCGAUGACAAUGUUUCCCACGCUAUGAGGAUAUCGUUGAGUAAAAACUGGUCGACAAGUGAUUCAAAUGCUGUGACCUAUGCCUCCGAUCUCUAUAAGGCGUGUAUUGAUGAAGAAACACGUAAUGCCAGGGGUGUGACCCCUCUCAUUGAGAUGCUGAACACAGUGGGCGGGUGGCCUAUAUUGGGACAGUCGGGUGGCUAUAAUGAGACAGAAUUUGAUUGGAAGGACGCGUUUGUGAAACACGUGAUUAUAUCUAAAUCCUCGCCGACAUAUGGCAGUCGUUGUGGUUCUCCGUAUGUCUUGACGUACGUCUGA